UUAUGGAGAACAGCACGUUCAACGUCGCUUUUCGACUCCUUCAAGAUCUCAAUUGAAUCCCAAAAUUCGAUCAAUUCAAAAUUCAACAUGGCUUCAAACGUGGUCAAGGCUAUUAGCCGGUCGUCAAGAGUAUCAUUCUCCCCAUUCUCUGCAAUCAGGCCAUUCCAUACAUCCCGAGCAAGAUGGAACGUCAACGAUCGAAAGAACGACACCCAGGAACAGUACACAAAGAAUGAAACCGAGAAGCCGCUGAACCCGCACAUGACGGGAACCAACUCGACCAUCACGAACAAGAUGCCCAAGGUCGGAAAGGACGUCCCGCCGCCCGAAUUGAUUUCGUCCGUCGACCCCAACUAUACCCCGAAGGAUUCGAUUCCCGAAAAUACGGAAAAGAUGACGGGAGGAACACAGAAGGGCGAUCCAAGGUAUGAUGCCACCGCACGAGAGCUCGGGGUUGGGGAAAUCGAAGGAGCAUCUUUCAGAGUGGAGCCAUUGAGGAGGACCGGAGAAGACAUUGCUACUACGCGUGCUCGUUUAAUAUAUCAAAGUAGAAAGCGAGGGACACUGGAGAGCGAUCUCCUGCUCUCAACCUUCGCGGAUGCAAAUCUUGGUAGCAUGUCCGCGGAGCAGCUACAGCAAUACGACCGCUUCCUUGACGAAAACGAUUGGGAUAUCUAUUACUGGGCUACUCAAGAGCCGUCAACAACAUCAACGAACACCGCCGAAGGUGCUCCUGAGACGGCAGCACCUGCAUCCCAAAGCAGGGUGCAAGCCGACGCUCCUGCUUGGACCCCGGAUUCCGGAGAAUGGGCGCAGACGGUUGGACGUUUUCAACCGGCUUACAGGCCUGUGCCUCAGCGCUGGAAAGACUCCGAGGUUUUGGCGUUGCUGAGGCAGCACGUCAAGGAUCGUAGUGCCGGAGGCAGCAAAAAGCAAACAGAACGAGGGAGUGGUCUUGGUUUCAUGCCUGAGCUGAAACAGUUCAAUUAGACCGGUACCAUGGCCCCUUGUAUAUAUCAUGUCGAUACAUGUGCUCUAUGUGUACAAACACUGUAAAAUAUCACUGAAUUGGAUCACCCUUUCCCCCUG